AUGUCUAUUCGUACAGCUUUAGUUACGGGAUCCGCUAAUGGCAUCGGCCGAGCUAUAGCACUGCGCCUGGCGCAAGAUGGUUUCCAAAUAGCCAUUAACGAUCUUGCUAGCCAAGAAGUCAAGUUGAGAGAGCUACAAUAUCAGCUCGAACUGAAAGACAUCAGCAACGAAGACGAUGUCGCGAAUUUGAUUCGAAACACAUCAGAGAUGCUUGGAGGAAUUGAUGUGAUGGUCGCAAACGCUGGUGUGAUUCUCGUCAAACCGAUCCCCGAAAUCAGUGCCAGUGAAUGGGAUAAAGUGCAGGCUCACGGCAUUACGGUCAACGCAUACUGUCCGGGCAUGGUCCGUACUGAUAUGUGGGAGACCAUUGACACUAGCCUUACAACUAGAAUGGGACUUCCCAAAGGUGCUGCGUUUGAGAACGGUGUUGCGACCCGCAUUGCGUCUAAGAAACCUCAGACUCCUGAAGACGUCGCUGGUUUGGCUUUAUAUUCGUGGAACUUCAUGAGUGGUCGUCAGCCGUAUCGUCAACUUGAGCUACACGAAAAGUACGGUCCCGUCGUUCGCGUAGCACCAAACGAAUUAAGCUUCAGUUCGGCAUCGUCAUGGCAGGAUAUCUAUGGUGUACGCAAGGGUGUUGAGCCUUUCAUCAAGAGCGAAUUCUAUGAUGGGGGCAACUUCGCCGUGGAGGCCUUGUCUAUCGUUAGCGAGCGUGAUCCCAAGAAGCACGCAGAGAUGCGUAGAUAUCUUGGUACCGCAUUUUCCGACAGGUCUCUCAAGUCACAAGAACCGAUGGUCGCUGAAUGUGUCGACCGCCUUAUUGAGAAGAUUGGAAUGGUAGACGUGGGGACUCAAGGAACCGACAUGGUCAUGUGGUUCAACCUCGCCACCUUCGAUAUAAUUGGAAGCCUGGCUUUUGGCAAGGACUUUGGCGGUGUCGACUCGGGCAAGGAGCACUUCUGGAUUUCGAUCGUCACCAAAAGCUUGCGUAUGGGGGCUCUCGCCGAUUGCUUUCGCAGAUUUCCAGCCCUCGCCGGCAUUGCCCAGACAGUGUUUUCUGGCCUUAUUGACAAGCUUCUCAAAGAAAGUCGCACGCAUCAAAAGUAUACCAUGGAUUUGGUUCAAAGUCGCCUGGCCUCACAGUCGGAUCGAGAAGAUUUCCUCACGAAAAUGAUCGAAGCCCGUAAUGAGGCGGCAAUAUCGGACGCCCAGAUUGCAGCACAUUCUUCUGACUUUGUGUAA